CGAAGAUGAAAAUUUUGAGAUUACUCAAUGUCCUUUGCUUCAAAAAUUGUGAUGAUCUAAAUUAUCUUUCAAAUGAGCUACGGCUUUUAGAUUGGGAAGGAUGUCUUCUAAGAUCCUUACCGUCGUGCUUCGAACCGGACAGCCUUGUUGCACUUCUCUUACCUUAUAGCCGCAUUGAACAACUGUGGAAGGGAGCAAGACCCAUGUAUAAGUUGAAAGUGAUCAACCUCAAAGGGUCUCAGAACCUGAUCAAGACACCGGACUUGACAAUGGCCCCAAGUCUUGAAACUUCAAUUCUGGAAGGUUGCACAAAAAUAGUUGAUGUUCAUUCUUCCAUCGGAUUUCUUAAGAGGCUGAAACUUUUGAAUUUAAAAGGCUGCAAAAGUCUUAGGAAUCUUCCAACCAAUAUUGGAAUGUAAUCUCUUGAAACAUUCAUUCUUUCCGGUUGCUCUAAGCUUCAAAAGUUUCCAGAGAUUGAUGUGAAGAUGGAAUGCUUGUUGGAACUUUAUUUAGAUGGGACAAGCAUUGAAAAUAUUCCCUCUUCAAUAGGAAAAAUGAGCAGUCUUGUUUUGCUAAAUUUGAAAGAUUGCCGUAACCUUGUGAGCCUCCCUAGCACCAUAGGUGGGUGCACAAGUUUAAAAACUCUUAAUCUUUCUUGUUGUUAUAAAUUUGAAAAUUUGCCAGAGAACUUGAAGCAAGUAGAGUUUUUGGAAGAGCUUGACUUAAGUGAGACAGCCAUAAGAGAACCACCAUACUUCAUUUUUCAAUUUA